UUGGUUAUUAGUACCUUGUUUUAUUUAUUUGUAUUUACUGUUUAAUAUUCGAAAAUGGCUGCUGUUCAUGGUUUAAGUGACGACCAAGUCGUUAAAGAACUCCAUAAAAUGGAGGCCUUUAUUAAAAAAGAAGCCGAAGAAAAAGCUAAAGAAAUUAAAUUAAAGGCUGAUGAAGAGUAUGAAAUUGAGAAGGCCAAUAUUGUUAGAAGCGAAAUUUCAUCAAUUGAUUCAUUAUAUGAAAGUAAAUUGAAAAAGGCCUCAUUGCAACAACAGAUUACCAAGUCAACUAUUUCAAAUAAAACCAGAUUGCAAAUUUUAUCUGAAAGAGAAAAAAUUUUGGACGAUAUUUUUGAAUUAACUGCAAAUAAAUUAAAAAUCAUCACAACAAAAAAUAAUGACAACGAUAGCGAGAAUUAUAAAAAAAUCUUGAUUGGCUUAAUUCAAGAAGGUUUAUUGUCAUUAUUAGAAAGUAAAAUUUAUUUAAGAUUGAGAAAAAAUGACGUUAGUUUAGUUAAGGAUUCAAUCGAAGAUUUAGAAAAGUACUAUAAGGAAAAGACUUCUCAUGAAACUACUAUUGAAAUCUUAGAAGAUCAAUUUUUAGAUGAUAAUGUUAAUGGUGGAGUCAUUAUUAUUAAUAGCACUAAAAAAAUUGACAUUGACAAUACUUUAGAUGAAAGAUUAAAGUUAUUAUCUGAGCUAUCCUUACCAGCUAUCAGAUUAAAAUUAUUUGGUCCAUCUAAAACUAGAAAAUUCUUUGACUAAUUUAUUUAUUUGUAUUUAUAUAAGUAUUUAGAUGGCAACUUAUCAAGGCUCUUUUUUGAACAAAAUAAUUUUUACCUAUCUAUUUUUUUAAACUUUUUUUAGUCUAUCAUUUAUAAAAAUAUAUACUAAUCAACACUC